AACUCGAAACCACGACCUGAACGACCCUCGGGAUAUGAUGCAACUUGUCCUUCAGAAUCACGGCUUUCACCAAGUCCAGUAUUGCCUCACCUACUGUGUUACCCGACAAGUGAUGAUCUCGUCACACUCGCACUCACCCCUCAGCGCGAGAGGCCGCAAUGAGCGAGUGGGACCGAGCCGAGAGAGAGUAAGCAAUUCGGCAAUCCAAUCUCACGGCCCCUAACCCUUCCGGGAAGCUCAUUCGAUAUGACGAAGCCCCUCCCCUAGAGUCUCCGCAUCCUCUCGUGCCGAACAAUCAUUACUUGGCGUCCUCCUCCAACACCGGUGCAUAGACCCGGACUCGGUCCGCGAAGACCGGACUUGUGGACACUGCCCGGAGCUUUGUUAGACACAUUGUGGCCCAUUUCGGACUCGGUCGUUUCGACAGGCCCCCCACGUCAUGCCAAAUACCGGCAAGCCAAGCCCCAACUGCCAUCUCUGUCGCCAGAGGAGGGUCAAGUGCGAUCUGGCUCGGCCACAGUGUCAGCGAUGCAUCAAGUACGGGGUCUCGUGCCCUGGCUAUCGCGACGACCAGGACCUGCUGUUCCAACACACCGAUGCUGCCGCCUAUGAACGGCGCCGGCGGAAGAGGCAGCAGCAGAACCUCCCGCUGUCCGCAACGGACACUCUGGAGGUGAUUACUUUCACCUCGGUCUCUUCGCCGUCGUCCGCAUCGUCUUGGGAGUCCGAUAACUCAGCUUUCCGGUCUGUUGGUACAUCCCCCCUGCCUCUCUUGAGAACGGUUCGUCAACACUGGACAGCCGAGUCCGUACCGCUUGUUAUCGGCCUCUACUCGAGUUUGGAUUUCCUUCCGGGACUGUUCAGAGGCGUUGGGCAGGACCACUGCCUCCGUCUCGCCGCCCAUGUCUUCACGAGAGCCUAUGUCAUCAACCGCUUCAGGCCACAGACGGAUUACCGUGAGCUGUCCAUGUUUCUCGGCAACGCUCUGGCGUCAGUCCAGGACGCCAUAACGAGCCCCAGCACGUGCACCUCUGACUCCACAAUCAUCGCCGUGUGGCUGCUAGGGAACUACGAGCUGAUGAUGGGCGGCCUGGAGCGGCGGUCCUUCGUUACGAGCCAUGACCGAGGCUACGCUCCCGAGACUCCCUGGCACAUCCAUGGCAGCGGCAUCUUGAGCUUAAUGCGCGCAAGGGGCGACCGCCAGCUGUACACAAAGGCCGGCCGACAGAUCUUCUGGACCAUGCACAACAUGAUCCAAAUUCAGCACACCAUCACGAACACGCCGUGCCCACCCGAGUUCGACCACUGGCUCAACGUCAUAGAGCAGACCCUCCAGCCCGCCGAGGCUUUGUUCCUGCAUACUGGUCGGUACAUUUCCUCGGCAUGCUCUCUGCUGUCCAGGUUGAUCCCCAUCGUGCGGAACGUCGACUUGAAGCGGGCGUCCGCCGAGUAUGACCAACUCCUAUUCGAAUGCGAUCUUGCAGAGCUUGUCAUGUUGGAAUGGAUGAGAACAUCCCCCGAAUACCUAGUCGACCCCGGUCCUGUCCACACCUACUUCUGGGACUCGUGGCGCAGCGCGCGCAUCAAAUUGCACCAUAUGAUCAUCCUCCUCGCUAACCUCGUCGAGCACGCACCAGAUUGUGCUUUCGAUCGUGGAGCGUUGCAGUCGCGAAGACGACUCAGCGCGGAGAUCAUUGCGGUCUCAGGCCGGGAUAUCGUCGACGGCAUCCCGCCAUCGCUGGGCGGCAAGUCGUCCGCUUCUGACCCGCGUUCGCCGGCGACCUACCUUGAGGCCGUCCGGCUGGUAUGGCCGCUGAGCCAUGUGUACGUCAUUCCGACAGCGCCGCGGCACCUGCGGAUCGCCGCGAAGGCGGCAUUGCUGCGAAUUGGCAAGGAGAAUGGAAUAUUGACAGCCUUGAGGCCGCGAGCGGGCGGUGCUCUUUUCCCGUCCGAGGCUCUAAAAGGCAUGCCGGUGGAUGACUUGGGCGACGGAGAUGGUUGAGAUGGUUAACUGUGUGACGGAAGUGAAGGCAGGCAGGCUGUCCCUAAAUGUGGCAGAGAGCUGGACAAGACCUAACAAUGGUUGUUAUCAAUCGCUCUCUGCUUUCACCACCUCAGUUCUUGAUGGCCUAUAUGGAUCCCUUGGUGAUAGGCCUGGUGCGUGGUGCUGUCACCGUAGCACUUCACGUUGCUGCUUUAGGGCUGACCUGUCUGUCGGAACGGAUCGAGAGACCAUGGAAGACAUGGUGAAACGGGCGAUAAACAACUGAGACAAGCAACACCGGCAUAGCCCCUUUGGUUAUUCUUGCUCUAUCUUGUUCAAGACGGCCACCAACACGAGUCAACGACUGGACCUCCCUUCCGCCUCCUGAUUGGCCAUCAUACGGCCAAAAACAGCAGAGUUGACCUAAGCCCACGCAGCUCGAGCAGAAUCUCUGGCAAGUAUUGCCGCAA